AUGUUGUUAAACACUGUUACUGCGGCAUUGGCAUGCCUCAGCUUGCCGGUUGUGGGAGCUCAUGCGACCGGUCUGAAGUCUCGCCGGGACUGCAAGCAGCUCUCACUCCCCGAGUUGGCCAUGCGGGAAAUUCUCAGCCAGGGGUCGCCCGUCUUUGGGCACUACCAGAGUGUGAAAAGCAACACUUCAGAGUGGAUGAAAGCCCAUCCCGAUAGCACUCUCCUGGUGCACAUGAACAUUCCCGGAGCUCACGACGCGCAGACGUGGAACUACUCUCAGGCUACGCGAGAGCAGCUGCUGCACAUCAAUGAGAUUGGCGGCAAGAUUCCCCGUUCGUCUGAUACAUAUCGCUGCCAAGAGCGCUCAGUUGUGGAUAUGCUGAAUGCUGGAGUUCGUGCUUUCGAUCUCCGAUACGCCUUUGAUGUCACCAAUAGCGUGCUUGUUUUCUGGCACGGCCCGGCCCUUGUGUCUCAGACCGCCACUCUAGCGGAUACCAUGUUUGGUUUCUACAAGUGGCUCGAUGACCACCCGAGCGAGGCCCUCCUACUCUCGUUCCAGUACGAGGGCGGUACCACCAAGUACGCCGCAAAUGAUGCCACUGUUCAAAGAGCGCUCUACGACAUCCUCACCUCGCGGGCAGCCAAGAAGUACAUCUUGCAGACCAAGGACUCUUUCGGCACCCUCGGCGAGGCACGCGGUAAGAUCACGCUGAUCCGUCGCUUCACUAUGGACCGCCUGGAUGCGUCCUACGAGGCCUCCCUCCCUGGUGUUCAUUUCUCCCCUAGCGACUGGACGGACAAUGGCCAGGACAUCACGCUGGUUUACAAUCGCGAAAAGAACGGCACGGCGCACAUCGAGGACUAUUACGAGCCUGAGGCGCCCAAGGACUCAACCCCUUCCUACAACAUCGGGCUCAAGUACAACGCGACAACGGCCAAUAUCCUCAGGGCGACGUCGGAUGCUUUCCCCAACGAUCUGUUCUGGUCCUUCGCCUCGAGCAGAAACAUCGAUAUGGACCCACCCCUCACGCCUCGCAUCAUGGCUCUCGGUAACGGCACUGUCACGCCUUCUGGAGGUGUAAAUCAGCAGUUGCUUCCCUUCUUGCAGGGGCUGAAGGGAAAAAGGGUUGGGAUCGUCAUGGUGGACUUUGAGAACGCACCCGGCAAUCUCAUUGAUACAAUCUUGAGCCUGUAG